GAAAUAUUUUUUUUACGACAAAGCUUUUUUAAAGUUGCCGCCGUUCAUGUAAACCGAGGAAAUUGAUACCACAGAAUGAAACUUCUGCUGAUGUUGAUUAUUUCCACCAAGCUUGCACUUCUCGAAUCAAUAUCAACAGAAAUAACAGGAAAUGUCUGCUCCCGAAAAUUUAUCUUAUUAUGUUGGGACGGCAAUCUUGUUAAGAUAACGCCAUUCAAAUGCUCCAGCAAUAAUGAAAGUAAUAACAAAUGCAGCGCGUUAUUAGCUUUUCACGAGUUCAUGAUCAAAACUUGUGAUAGGAAGAUUCAGUGUAGAAUAACAAGAUCUGCAGAGAUAGAUGAUACAUGUGGUAUGUUCAACAACAGUAUCGUAAUAACGUACACAUGUGAGGCGAAAAACGCAUGGAAGUCAGUCCUACCUACAACAUCAAAUUUAGUCGUCACUUCCAAUACAACAACCGGAAAGUUUGCUUUAUCUAACACAACUGGCAUUGACUUCCUUGGCAGAAGUUCUUCUACUGAAACCAGCUCGUCAACUGAAGCAAAUGAUGAAAUAUUGAUCAACAGAAUAGCAUUAGCAGCUACAACUACAACUAAAACAGCAAAAACAACAACAACAACAACAACAGAAGCGAUGACUGCAGAAACAACGGACUCAGAAACGAUGGGUGCAGAAACGACGGCAACAGAAACAAAGGCCUUGGAGACAAUCAUACCAACAACGGACACAAAAACCAACUUACCGAUAAAAAAGCUGUCGACACAAACGGAACAAAAUACGACGGAAGCUUCUCCAGUAAAAAGUUCAAGAAAAACACCAACCCAAACAUUUCUUUUGACGGAAAAUAGCGGCACAUCCACGUCAAUGGGCAUAACUACCGACGAAAAAAUGACGCUGCAAAAAGCUUCACCGGCUAAAACACAUGUGACGAAAGAACAUUCGUUACAGAUAGAUGAAGUUCCGACACUAUCCACAACCCGCCUAUGUCACUAUAGAAACAAGACUGCAAAACCCGACGGUAACUACACAUGGCCAGACCAUCCAAAAUGUUUUAUUCAAUGCUCGAAUGGUAAACAGAAUUGGGAAUGUUGUCGACCGAAAUCGUAUUUUUAUGUUGCCAAGUGUAAAUCAUGCUUUCGUGAACCAAACCCCAGAGACUGUCACAAAACACGUGCAUUGACAGUGCAAACCAAGUUGGAAAGCACACCAGCUCCUUCUGUAGAAACAGACGAACCAGUGAUAGUCAAAGCCGAAGGAUAUUGUGAAGUUCAACUUGUUGGUGAUGCUAAUAGCAGAGGAAAAUAUGAAUUUCCAAAAACGAAAGCUCUCGAAAAAGUUGUCCGCACUUGCAUAUAUGGUGGCUUACAUGGAAAAAAUAAUUUCGAAAGGUUUUGUUUGUAUGACAAGUUUAAAGGUGCAUACUGGUCUAAAUUAGACUUAAGUAAAUGUGCACCCAAAGAUUUGGAUUUAAACAACCUUGAAAGGAUUACUGUGAACCAAAGCAAUAUUUUAAAAGUAUCCAGCUCUCUUGCGAAAAUCGCUUCCAAAAAGAAUCGUGGUCCAAUCAAAGAGAAGCAAAUCAAAAUGAUCACUGGAUUGAUAAGCAAGAUGUUCAAAUUAAUCGGAUCCGACGAACAGGUUGCUGGAAAUAUAUUGACGGUUAUUGAUUCCUUGCUACAACAGCAAAAAGAAUUGAAUUCUGAUUCAGCGUCUGUAUUACUCCAGCAAGUUAACACCCUGGGCAGCUCCUUUAACUUAAAAAAAGGUCAACGUUUUAUGGUUGUUGCUAAGAAAGAUAUAACAUUUGGUGUGACCAAGGUUGAUAAAAAAGAAGUGAAGUUUUCUGUUUCUUCCGAAACUGAUAUGAUUGGUUCCUUCAAUAACGAUAAAAAGAACGUUGAAUCAAUCUCCGUACCUUCGUCCGCCGUAAAAAACAUUAAAGAAGACACACAAGCCUAUUUUUACGUUUUACGAGACCAAACAUUGUUUCAUAGAAAUGUUGACAUACAAAGUAGUAUCAUCUCCGCUACUAUAGUAGGGAAUAAAAUCAAAAAUUUAAAAGAACCUGUGGUAAUAAAGUUAAAAAGAAAAGGAAACGGAGAAGGAGAUAUAUCAUGCCGAUUUUGGAAAAUAGUAAAUUCUUCAUACGCUACAUGGUCAAGAGAAGGUUGCUACAAGGCCAGUACAUCUGCUGAUGGUAUUGUAACAUGCAAAUGCAACCAUCUAACCAACUUUGCUUUGUUGCUUGAUCCGUUACAACAAUAUGAAAACCCAACCGAGUUAAGAGUAUAUAGUUUUGUGGGCUGCUUAGUUUCUAUACUUGGAUUGGGAUUAACUUUGAUAACAUUUGUCUGCUUUGCCAAACUACGCAAAAAGAUUCCCGCCAAAAUCUUGAUAUGUUUAUGCGUGUCACUGAUGUUUUUAUUCAUCGUAUUUGUUGCGGGUAUCAACCAAACGAAACACGCAGCUCUUUGCCAUAUAAUAGCAAGUUUGCUGCAUUACUUCACCUUAACCUCGUUUUCAUGGAUGCUGGUGGAAGCGUUAAACUUGUAUCGAACGAUAGUAAAAGUAUUCACACGUGGCAAUGACGCUAGAUUCUUUAAAUGGAUGUGUCUCUAUGCAUGGGGUAUUCCUCUUGUAAUAGUGGGUGUGACUGGAUAUCUAACACGUGCAAACUUUAGACCUGGUUACCAUACUCAAUUUUGUAUUGUGCAAGGAGUCGCCUUCUACUACACCUUACUUCUGCCAGUAUGUGUGGUGUUGGUGAUCAAUUGCGCCAUCUUUGUUCCUGUUAUAAAAGGGAUCACAACGGGAGAUAAAUUACUAAAAGAUUCCAUCCAAGAUCGUCAAAUGAUAAACGCAAAACGAGCGAAAUCAUCUUUCGCAGUGAUCAUUGUAUUGGGUUUGAGUUGGAUAUUCGGUGUUUUAGCUGUUGGUGAUUUACGAGAUGUAUUUCAGUGGCUGUUCUGCAUUUUAUCCUCGUUUCAAGGCUUCUUUAUUUUUCUCAUGUUUGUUGUAUUCAACGUGGAAGCAAGAAAGGUAUGGAAAGGAAUAUUCGGUGGUUUAACGCGCCAAAAGAAAUAUACAAGUAGUAUGAAAAUGUUGCAGAGGAAGAACACAAAAAAUGAACCAGCUAGUAUUACAAUCAAUGGAGAAGCAUACGGCUAUAGCGAUGAUCACGUUUUCAAAAGUAAUGAUGAUGAUGACGAUGAUGAUGAAUAUGAGGAUAGUGAUGCUGUUUAAGUAAACAUAGACAAAAAUUGCAGAAUAUCAACAAGAGAUGUUUUUUUGUGAAUGACGUCAGUUGCACAGAUCUGGAUCUAGUUAUAAUAUGGAUGUAUAAAAGAAUUUAUACCAUCAUGGUCUUAUAACAAGAAAGAGAAAUAUAAAGUAAAAACUUUAACUAACUAUUAAAUGAUAUAAAGAAUAUUAAUAUUGUGGUCAUUGUAUUUUAUUUAACUAUGUUAGUAUUAAUCUUAGCAUCGUUGUUAAGACAGCUAGCGAGCAGCUUCAAAAUUUGUGCAAUUUUUAGA